CAGCGCCCUCUUCAGGGCAGUCUUGGGCAGCGUCUGCGUUGCGUCUCUGCACUCGUGCAGGGCCUGCGCACGCUAGUACACGUCACCACAAUUGCCAGCAGCGAAUCCAUGCCCAGAGCUGCGAAGCAGCGUUGCGCAGACAUGCCUGGUAAAGUACGCAGCCAUUUCUCUUCAGCUUGUUGUAAAGUCACAUGUCCGAGAAUGCAAAUACUGCAAUAGUGGCUGAUGUUGGGGUUUGUAGGCGAAUUUCUUUAUCUAAAUGAAAGACAAACUUUUUCCUUCUCAUAAGAAUUGAGAGAAACAGCCACAUAGGCAGCCUAUUUAGACGUGGUCGAGCGAUUCCAUAACCAAGACGGUGCGCAUGGUAGACGCGGUCAUGUCGUUGAAUAUCACUGUGAAAAGUGAAGACUCCGAGUCCUUUGACGAUGAAGACGAAUCAUCUUCGCUGCUUUCGGGCAAAAGAGCCACGGAGUCUGUAGCCCGUCAUGAUAUUUCUCCGGGAGAAGGCGGUCCAAUAGAAGACCAUGUAGGAUAUUCAACACAGCAUGGGCGGCUAGCAACUAAAACGACCAGCAAACCCAUCGUACUGUAUCCUGUGAGUGCUGACCGUUUCUUUUCCUCGACUUCUGCAGAUGGCAAAACCAUCUUAAAGAUAGCUCCAGCCACAGUCAUGACCCUCCCGACUCCUCGGCCUCCUCCCCAGGUUUCCCCAGAGUUCUCCUACCAGGCCAUUGUGUACUUGAUCGAAGCAGUGGGACGCCGCUGGAGCCUGUACGGGACGCGGGAGCGUUCACAGCUCUUCCAGAGCGUACAGAAGGAGUUGGAGGAGCAGGGUCAUUGUCUUCCCGUUGAGAAGAUACGCCGCAAGUGGAACAACUUGAUCGUCACCUACAAGAGGGUCAAAUACAGAGGCAGGGAGACCGGCCAGGCCAGAACCUCCUGGGAGUACUUUGAGAUGAUGGAUGCCAUGCUUGGUGACACCAUCGGCGCCGAGACCACUAGCAGCCCUACCCUAGUAACCAGCAUCCCUAAGGUGAACGUCGCCACGGAAACCACCAAAACAGAGCAGAAGCCCCUCCUUCCCCAUGGCAACCUCAUCACUGCAUGCACUCGGACACUCACCCUUGUCCCCUCCUCCCUCCCACUCCACACGCCAGUUCCCUCCACCCUCCCUCUCUACACUUUUGUCAGAUCCCUCCCUCCCCCUACCCCUGUCCGCUCCUCCCUCCCUCUUCCCACCCCCUUGGACACGCCCUCCCCCAGGAUAGCCAAUAACACAGACCCUCUACAGCCAAACCCCUCCCCUGCUCCGGUCGCACAGCCCCCUGCCUCCCGUCACAUCCCCUCCAACCUCAGCCGCAUAGACCUCCGCAGAAAGAAGCGCUGUCGCUUCUCCUCCAAGGGAUCCUCCAUUACCUCCCUUCUGGCCCAGCAGCAGAAGCGAGCAGAAGAAGGCACCUCCUUGCUGCAGGAGUUCCUGAGGAGGCAGGAGGGCCAGGCCAAGGAGGAGCAGGGGCGUCGCAGCAGGAUGGAGGCCCGGGGGAGGAGGCGCGAGAGGAGGGAGGCACGCAUGGCAGAGUCCCUGGGUAGGAUGGCCACGGCUCUGGAGCUGCUUUCCUCCAAACAGGACACAGUCAUUGCCCUGCUGCAGAGACUGGCUGAGAGAGACAGGAAGUGACAGUCAUCGCUCCGGGUUGUCACUAACUUAUAUAGCCACAAAGCCAUAAUUAUGGCUAAACCCUGCCUAUUUUUACUAUUCAUCUUCUUAAAUUUAGAUUUUUAAACCUAACAUUAACCACACUACUAACCUUAUGCCUAAUCUUAAAAUAAGUACAAAAAGCUCAUGUUUGUUUUCAUGAAUUUUGAGUUUAUGGCUAGAUAAUCUAGUGGAAACGCUGUUGCAGAGACUAGCUGAAGUGACACUGUAAUCGCCCUACUGCAGAGCCUGGCCGAGAGACGGGGAGGCUGACUCAGCAUGCAACCGAAGGGGUACUCUUUUUCCCUAUAUUGUGCACUCUCUAUGAGCUAAAACCCACCUUGUGUCCCAGGUCUAAAUUGGUCCCUGAUUAGAGGGGAACUGGGUUCGAGGUUCAUAUUCAAAUUUGCAUAAUGUAAGGAAUAGGGUGCCAUUUCGGAUGCGAGACUCAGAUAAUGUUAAUCGAUUGUGUUGUCGAAUUUACAAUGGAAUAACAAUUUUUUUAUUGAAUAAAUGGUUAAUUAAUUAAUCAUUGAUCAUGAUAAUCAAAGUAAUUUACAAUAGCAGCAUUUGUUUGCAGCAGUUAUGGUUGGAGAAACCGGUGUGGUGAGUGGAAACCACAAUUUAGGCCUACACAGAUGGAUAAGGAUUGUGAAAUAGUAGGUGAGACUUGUUCUCACUAGUCUGGCAUCCGGUCCAACCAGUAACUCCCGAAACACACACACACACACAGCCUUCUCAACGGUUUGAUUGUCAAGCAGUAUGCAUGAGGCCGAUUCAGACCGAGGCAGAUGCUCUGAGACAGGCUAACAACCAUAGAGAACAGCACCUGUAGCUACAGUAAGUGAAUUGUUUGACAAAGAUUAUCUUAAAUGAUAGUGAUGUUUUCUAAAUUGGUGUUUUCAUAGUGUUGCCGACUUGUAAACAACAACAACAGAGAAACAUACUGUAUAGUCGAGGUGCGUAAAUCGAAUCAUUGAGGAUGACACACAAGUCUCCACUUGUUUCCAUCGUGGUUCUCUAACCUAUAGAUGCAACCAGUACCGCAGUGAUGGAGAGGGAUCUCCUCAGAAGAGGCACCUUCAGUGGUCAACGUGAGACACACUGAAGGAACUGAUCCACUCUUGAGGGGGUGGGGGAUAUCAGAUAACCAAAUUCUGGUUUCACCUUUCGCUAAGGAAAACAGGUUGCCUCAACUCAUCCAAUGGAGACAGAAACAAUGAGAGGGUGAUUGACUGUACUGUUUAGGUGGGGGAAAAAAACAAUUGUUCAUCAAAAACAAAAUGAUGGGCGAGGGAACAGAGAGAGACAGAUCGUUCUCCAUCCAGGGGAGAAGAAAAUACGAGAAGGACGUAGGAGGAGGGGAUAGAUGCUGGAGCAUCGUGGGACGUCAGUGGGCGUUUGUAAGGGCCACACUGAUAGUGGUGAGUCUAGGAGCGCUCUUUCUCUCUCUCGGAGCAUGGACAGUACUGGGACUGGAAGACAUAGAGGAGGAGAGUCCAGGGGAAGCGGAGUCACUGCCACCAGCAAGACCACUGGACUACCACCUCUGUGUGGAGCUGGUGUUGAGAUCCACAGCCAGAGGGGGUGCCAUCGGGCUUCUGAGAGGACUAGCAGCCAUCUCAGUGGUCUGGAUAGCAGAGGUCCUGUCUGGGUCUCAUGGCCUGGUUGCAUCGGUCCUCCGCGCCCCCUUCUUGGGGCUUCUGAUCGG